ACUGAUGCAGGAAACUUGUUCUUGAAGCUGAACAGCGAAAGUUGGGGAUUUAUUUUGGUUGCUGAGAAUGAGGGAAACCCGAAAUUAAUCAAAUAUCUCUGUGAUUAGGCUUAACUGCAGAGAUGUCCACAAAGAGACCCAAGAGCACAGCCACUACCAGUAAGGGGAAAGACAAAAAGGCUGACGAGUCGUCUGCAGGAAGUGUUGCAGGGUCUGGUCAUCCUAAUGACAUCUUGCCCUUGACGUUGACCUCGGCUACCCAGGAGCUGUUUGGGUGUCGCUGUGACGAGGACGUCACGGGGGACAACCCCUACAAGAUCCUGAGGAAAGAGGACAUCGUGCAGGACAUGAGGAUGAGGGCAGCUGUGUCUGAUUUCAGCCCCGUGAAGCAGCUGGUGCUGGACUACCCUGAAGAUGAGCUCCUCCUGGUCUACGACAGAGACUUCAUCUACGGAUCCAGCUUCUACCUGGUUCUAACAGCAGAUGCCAAGGAUAGGCACCUAAAGCCUGUAGUGGCUUUGGGAGUUGAGGUAGCUUUGGAGCGGGAGCCGUCGGAGGUGUUUGCAGCACAGAAAACCCCUGAACCCCAGCCCUGGAUCUCUCUGGGCAGCGAACAGGAGAUAGAGGAAGAGUCUGUCACUGACUCCAGACCCAGGUUGAAGUAUAGGAUCUCCAGGGUGCGGAGGGAGUUUGGGGCACCGAUCUUCUUCUCUGACCGUAAUGCCAUGGAGACCAAGGAUGGCUUCCUUGAAUGUACCCCCUACCAGGACAAGAACUUCAGCCUCAAGCAGAUGGAGAGACACACUGGGGUGCAGACUAUCCCCAACCUCAAGAGCUCCAGCACCCAAACACAAUGGACAUAUCCAAGGAGUAUGUGCACGCAGUACGAACCCAGAGAGUUCAGCAAGGAGGAGAAAGAGAACUGCCUCCAAUCUGAGAAUCUGAAGAAUUUUGUCAACUCGGUGGCCUCCAGGUUUGAGAUAGCCAUCCAGCAGAAUGAAAUCAUGGAUGUGUUCUUUGACGACUGGAAGGCCCUGAGUGAGGAGGACAGUGGCUACGGACGGAAGGCUGACCCACACCUGAAGGAGUACCAGUCCUUCACUGACCUGCACUUCAGCAAGGACAAGACCAUCAGCAACAUCAACUGGCACCCCACCAUCAACGGUGUGAUAGCGGUGGCUGUGACAGAGAGGCUGUCCUUCGAGGACAGGAUCAAUGGCUCCACUAAGCUGCUCCUAAACCCCUCCCUCAUUCUCUUCUGGAGCUUCUCUGAUCCCAUCAACCCACAGUUGCUGUUGGAGUGCCCAGACGACGUCUUCUCCUUUGAGUUCUGUCCUUCCGACCCAAAUAUUAUUGUUGGUGGCUGCAUGAACGGCCAGGUUGUGUUAUGGGAUAUAUCCACCCACGUAGAACAAUUACAGGGCACACGCACCAGUGGUGGAAAGAACAUAGCAGCAAACACCAACGCUUUACAGGGCUUUGAAGACAAGCGGGAGAAUGAGACCCCUGUGGUGCGUUACUGUGCUGUCUCAGGCAUAGAGAAUGGCCACAAAGCACCCAUUACAGACAUCCAGUGGCUGCCAGGAACCUUUGAGGUCUCUAGAAUGGGGGUACCGAUGGAGAACAGGAAUGGAAUAUGUGUUCAGAUCGUCACCUGCGCCCCUGAUUGUUGUGUGAUGUUCUGGGAUAUUCGUGCUCCGAGGGUACUCCAGACCAUGGCCGACCAGCGGAAACAGAAGGUGGAGGAGAAACCCCUGGAGAAUCCUCACGGUGUUCCCAACACCUUCAAACACCUCGACCUCACAUGGAAACCACUCAUCAGGGUUUCCCUGCCUAAGAUUGAUACCAGCGGGGAAUACAGCCCUUUGAAAAUCAGCCUGCGAGACAACACCUGUGACAACCAUACAGGUAGCAACGCAGCAACACAGAUGAGCAGAACACUAAACAACAGGGCCCACRUGAAUGCAGAGAGGUCAGAGGUUGCUCCAGAAUACGCCCUGCUCAGAGUGCCUUCAGCCAAACAACUCAAACCGCUGGAGGACAUCUGCACCCAGUUAUACGCAGGGACCGAGGACGGAGAGCUUGUGUACACAGACUGGAAGUUGGAGAAGGACAACGACUCUGGACGACUGUUCAGUGCCAAGCCCUCUCYUCGGUUUAUAAUCCAUGAUGGGCAGGUGAACACUGUUCGUCGGUCUCCCUUCUUUAAAGACAUCAUUCUGACCGUGGGAGGAUGGACCUUUGCCAUCUGGAAGGAGGGCGUCAUGAACGGCCCCAUCAUCCAGUCAUCGUGUUCUCAGAAGAAGUGCACUGUGGGAUACUGGUCCCAGUCACGUCCAGCUGUGCUCUUCAUCGGUAAGGAGGAUGGGAACAUCGAUGUGUGGGACCUUCUGGAGAAGACCCAUGAGCCCUCCCAGACCCAGAACAUCACUGCCACCCAGAUCACAUGCAUCAAACCCUGGAUCGUCUCCUCAAAGCAGCAUCUCCUGGCUGUGUCUGAUUACCUGGGCACUCUGCAUAUUCUGGAGAUCCCAUGGACACUUCGCAGCCCCUCCAGCAAUGAGAAGCUGAGCAUGAGUAAGUACUUUGAGAAGGAGGUGGACAGGCUGGUGUACUUUGAGAAGAGGAGGGAGAUGAGAGCCAAGGAGAAGAAAGACUCCGAGGCAGAGGAGCUGAGAAAGAAGAUGGAACCCAUCAUACCAGAGAAGCAGGUGGAGCAGAUCUUGGAGGAGGCCAUGAAGGAGUAUGAGGACUACCUGUCCUUGGAGACAGUCAUCCUGAAGGAAAUGGGGCUGCUGCCAGACACAAACAAGGUUGACAUCUGACAUCUUAACCCUAAUCCACUGUUCAGUCUGACACCUGAUAUCACACCUUGUGUGACCAGCAGGGUUGCGGUCAAUUCCAUUUCAGUUUACUUCUUGGAAUUGACCCCAACCCUGGUGUCCAGUGUUCAGGCUGAUGUCUGAUGCUCCCUGAAACCAGUGGCCUACCACACAACUCAUUUAACACAGUACUACAAAGUGUCUAUUCAAUUGAAAAUGGAAUUGUUACACUUUUUAUUUUCUAUGUACAGUAUUAAAAGCUGGAUUUGGUUUUAGUAAAUUGUUCAGAACUGUAUGCCUCUUGUUUUGCUUGUGGGUACAUGUAGUGAAUGGAGAGAUUCCUCAGAGUUAAUGAGUGAGUUUUUCACAKACACAAGUCAGCUGUUUUUUGUUAUGAUAUUUGUGUUUCUUUAUGUAAUAUGUAUUUGUUGUUCUGUAUGUGUGUCUAUAGMUUUGUUCAAUGUUGUGUUAAGUGUAUGUGUCACGUCCGUCGUUAAAUGAAGACCAAGGUGCAGCGUGGUAGGCGUACAUUUUCUUGUUCCAUGUUCCACCAAAA